AUGAAGAAAACUGGACCCGUGGCUCUGCAAAUCGAGGUGAACACUGAGGAGGAAUGGCAACAGUUACUGAGUCGCUCGGGCCUCGUCGUUGUAGACGUGUACUCUGACUGGAGCGGACCUUGCACUGCCAUGAUAAGCACCCUGAAGAAGAUCAAACUGGAGGUAGGCGUCGAAGUGGUGGACUACGUGAUCGCGCGAAACGAUGACAUCGACGACUUAGCCAGAUUCCGAGGUCGAAGUGAACCCGUCUGGAUGUUUUUGCAAGACGGCAAGAUGGUGAAUCUAAUGUUUGGUGCGCAUUGUCCGCGCUUGCAAAAGCUAGUGAUGAAUGAGAUAAAAAGAGUGCAGCAAUUAGAAGCUCCGAAGUGGCGUUUGGAUGUACAUGAACGGGCGCCCGAAGAGGAGAUCCGAUGGCAGAAACAAGAAGCCAUUAGGCGAGCGCUGGAAGAAAAGAAACAAGCAAAGGAAGAAGCCGAGAGGUUGGAGAAAUAUGAGCGAUUCAUGGCGCAAAUGGUGGUCGAGUUGUGCGAGCAUACGGCGCUGGUGCUUUAUCCGUGGGUUUUUAAGGACGAGCGUGGAAGACCUCGGGAUAAGAUGCAGAGUCCACCGUAUAUAGAACUCGUGAAGGAUCUCUUCAAACAAUGCUACGAUGUACAGGAGGAAGCACGGAUCCAACUGAAUGAGGACAUGAUCGAGAAGAUGUUCGUCGAGAGCGGCGUCGACAUCACCGAGGAAUUGAUAAAAGGGCUAACCGACGGGAAAUGUAUGGCGAUGAGAUUGAAAGGCAAACCGCCCCAUCCAGAUUGGCCAGUCUAUUAUCCUUACGAGAGUCCGGAACGUGAUUCGACGAUGUAUCCGACCCGAGCGAUCAACGAUGUCGAGAAUUAUCUUAUUAGCAUUAUCACGAAAGAACCGCCGCCUCUUUUGCAAACUGACGUGCCUGCGAUCAGACCGACUUAUGAUGCACCUUACAUGCAGAGACAUGUGCACGUGCACAAGCCGGAUCCGGAAAUUGAGGGUGACGUGCGCCGCGUGCAUCCCGCGGCUUGGGUACCUCCUCAGGCUAGAAGUAAAGUUCACGUCUUCAAGACUUUAUUUCCGGCUUACAUGGAGAAAGCUCAUCCUUAUGAAGAGCCGACAGUUCCUCCGCCGUUGUGUGCUUUCAAAUUCGAUGCGUCGAAAUUCAGCAUAUUGCGGGACGCGUACGAAUUGAAUUAUAAUGCCAUUGAACAUUUUGGCGUCUUCGAGUUUGACCGGCCACCUUACGCGAGACGCCUCGCGUCUUCACCCGAGGAUUUCGAAAAGGUGAAGUACAAAACUGGCGUCGAGGUAUUUGUAGUCAUAAUUCGAAGAAUCAACGAAGAAGCCUUCCUGGCUUUUGCCGGCAACGAGCCGUUCUUCGUGACAGAAGUCGACGAGGAGGCUCAAGGACUGAUAACGGAAUAUUUUCCCGAAGGACUAGAGGAUGUGGUACCAUUAGUACCGGAAGAGCAAGAAGCACUUUAUGAAGACGAGGGUGAGGAAGAAGAGGAGGAGGAGGAUUAUGAAGAAAAAGAAGAAGAGAAAGAAGAGGAAUUAGAAGAAAAUAUGGAUUAUCCUUUUUUUUAA